AGGAAUUAGUGAAUAACAUUUGCUCGCUGCGCUUAUAUCAUUUUCCCUUCCAUUCUUUGGAGAUCUAGUGCAGCAACCACACGUGGAACUCGGUGAAAACUAGGGUUAAGGAUUCGAAGGUAGAAGAACAAAAUGUUUGGGAGGGCGCCCAAGAAAAGCGACAGCACUAGGUACUAUGAAAUCCUUGGCGUCGCCAAGAACGCGUCGCAGGAGGAUUUGAAAAAGGCUUACAAGAAAGCCGCCAUAAAAAAUCACCCCGACAAAGGUGGCGAUCCCGAGAAGUUCAAAGAGCUUGCUCAAGCCUAUGAGGUUCUUAGUGACCCUGAGAAACGUGAGGUUUACGAUACUUACGGUGAAGAUGCUCUUAAGGAGGGAAUGGGUGGCGGCGGCGGUGGCCACGACCCGUUUGAUAUCUUCAGUUCGUUCUUUGGUGGAAAUCCGUUUGGUGGGGGUGGUAGCAGUAGAGGAAGGAGACAGAGACGGGGAGAAGAUGUGGUUCACCCUCUUAAGGUCUCUCUGGAGGAUCUUUAUCUUGGAACGUCUAAGAAACUCUCUCUCUCACGAAAUGUGUUGUGCUCAAAAUGCAAUGGGAAGGGUUCAAAGUCUGGGGCUUCAAUGACUUGUGCUGGUUGCCAGGGUAGUGGUAUGAAGUUGUCGAUCAGGCACCUUGGUCCUUCUAUGAUUCAGCAAGUGCAACAUGUUUGCAAUGAGUGUAAGGGCACCGGAGAGACCAUCAGUGACAGAGACCGAUGCACUCAAUGCAAGGGAGAGAAGGUUGUUCAGGAGAAGAAAGUACUUGAAGUUGUUGUGGAGAAAGGAAUGCAGAAUGGACAGAAGAUUACAUUCCCUGGUGAAGCUGAUGAAUCACCUGAUACAAUCACUGGGGAUAUUGUAUUUGUCUUGCAACAGAAGGAACAUCCAAAGUUCAAAAGAAAGGCUGAAGACCUUUUUGUCGAGCAUACUUUGUCUCUCACCGAGGCUCUAUGUGGUUUCCAGUUUGUGCUGGCUCACUUGGAUGGUCGACAACUCCUUAUCAAAUCAAACCCUGGGGAGGUUGUCAAGCCUGAUUCAUACAAGGCUAUAAACGAUGAGGGAAUGCCAAUGUACCAGAGGCCGUUCAUGAAGGGGAGGCUUUACAUUCAUUUCACUGUGGAAUUUCCUGAUUCUCUGAGCCUUGAACAGGUGAAGGCCAUAGAGACUGUUUUGCCAGCGAAGACUUCAUCACAAAAGUUGACAGACAUGGAGCUGGACGAGUGUGAAGAGACUACACUUCAUGAUGUGAACAUGGAGGAAGAGUCAAGGAGGAGGCAACAAACUUCGCAGGAGGCGUACGAGGAGGAUGAGGACAUGCAUGGCGGUGCUCAGAGAGUACAGUGCGCUCAGCAGUAAUGAAUGAGCCACAGGAGCAUAGCAGAGUAGUGUGAUGAUCUUGAUUAUCAUUUUUAAAUAUAAUUUGUGUUUGAUCCAUCGAUUUUGACAACCAAACACCUUACCAUUUAUUCUUCGACAAAUUAUUUUACAGAAGACAUCUUAAUACAAUAUUUUUUAUCUAUACUGUCUGCACU